GCGCCCGUUGCCGCGGUAACGGCGACGCUGCCGUAAAGCAAAACCGGCACUGGUGAGACCGGACCGCGACAGAACCAACCCUGGUGGGACCGGAACGGGACAGAACCAACCCUGCUGGCACCGAACCGGCACCGGUGGGACCGAACCGGGACAGAACCGAUCCUGCUGGCACCGAACCGGCACCGGUGGGACCGAACCGGGACAGAACCGAUCCUGCUGGCACCGAACCGGCACCGGUGGGACCGAACCGGGACAGAACCGAUCCUGCUGGCACCGAACCGGCACCGGUGGGACCGAACCGGCACCGAACCGGGACAGAACCGGGACUCGUGGGACAAAACCGGGACCGCUGGGACGAAACUGCGGCCGGUGAGACCGAACCGGGACCGAACCGUGCCCGGUGGGACAUAACCGGUACCGAGCGGUGCCCGGCGGUACCGAACGGUGCCCGGCGGGACAUAACCGGUACCGAACGGUGCCCGGCGGUACCGAACCGAGCCCGGUACCGUCGGGCCGCUCGGGCCCGCAUGGAGCCCGAUGCGCUCGUGCAGUGCCCGUACGACCGGAACCACCAGGUGCGCGUGUCCCGCCUGCCCUAUCACCUGGUGCGCUGCCAGCAGAACAACCCGCAGGUGUCGCGCACCUUGGCCACGUGUCCCUUCAACGCGCGCCACCGCGUCCCGCGCGCGCUCCUGCGCGCCCACGUCACCUCGUGCCCCGACAAACUGCCGCUCGAGCUGCCCCCAGACCCCGAGGACACGGCCAAGACAGCCCACACCUGGCAGCCCCCCCCGUGCCAGGAGGACUGGGACGCAGAGCUGAGCGAGCUGGAGGAGCCCCCCCCGUUCAUCCUGCACGUCACCAAGGGGGACCUGCCUGUCCCCUGCCACAGCCCCGACCCCGCCGCCCCCCCGGAGGGGCUGCCCCUGAGGAAGCCGCGGCCGGCGACAGCAGGACAGCGUCUGGGGACAGCCGGACCGCGCUGGGGGACAGCAGGACAGCGUCUGGGGACAGCCGGGCCCCGCGCGGGGACAGCGCGGCCCCGGCCGGUGACGGCGGGGGGGGGCCGGGGGGUCCCGGGGGCCGGGGGGGCCCCCCCGGCUGUCAGAGAUUUCCGGAAAUAAAAUCGCUCCGAGA